AGUGGAUUUGAAAAUACUACAAGGUAAACUUUUUUUUUUCAAAUAAAAAUCAUUAUGAUUCAUUUUGUACUGCUCUCAAUGAGGAGAAAAUCUAAUAUACUGCAGCUUUAUUUGUACUCACCUUUUUAGUAUAAGCAAUCAAUAGGAUUAAUAUUUGGUUUUUUUGGUCCUAUAAAUUUUUCUCGCUUGUAAAAAUAUUACCUUUCCUGUUUUUGUAUAUAAAAUUUACAGUGGCUGUGCUGAAGAUUACCUCCUGAAUGAGGCAAUCAAUAAUAAUUCAAAUAAUUAAAUAAUUUUCUUGUGGAUGGAAAAUCGUAAUUAAUGAUUUAUGGAUUAUUAACGGAACUAUUUGGUCAAGAAAUCAUGGUCAUAUGUUGCAUAACUAAUUUAUAGAAACUUCCAACUGUAUUUAUUGCAAUUGACUACUUAGAGAAUAUUAGGCCUUGAGACCAGCCAGGUUGAUAAAUUCAAUGUUUUUGCGAGGUUCGAAUUUACCAUUUUCCCAUUCCAAGGAAGAUGUGAAACGCAUUUCUGCUCUUUCUUUCUCCCAUCUCUCUCUUUCUCUCACCUAGAUUUCCACCACUUUUCAGUUCUUCUACUAAUCUAAUCCUUGCAAUUAUCCAUAUUGAUUCUGCUGAUCAGAGUAGUAAGGGAAAGGGAAUUUGUGGAUUGUUAAUCUUCCUUGUCCAAAAUGUCGAUGAAGAAUCUCAUCGGCGACCUGGCCGAUUUCGAAAUUUCGGCCAAAAAUCCGUCGAUGGAUGCGCAGAAGCGGUGGAGAAAUCUCGUCACCCUCGUCAGAAACAAACGGCGCCGGUUCCGGUAUGGCCCCAAUUUCGAGAAGCGUACUGAAGCCAAAGAGAAAAUGGAGAAGCUCAGAGUAUGUUAUCUUGAUCACUCACCCUUUUUUUUGUCUGUCACUAUGUGUGUGCGUGUUUUUUUUAUUUCUCAUUUUUUUCUUUUUAUUAAGAUUAAAAAGUUUUGGGGGAAAUCAUUAUCGUUACUAAAACCAUCAGGAUCGCCAUUAUUUUUGAAAUUUUAAUUUUCUACAACUUGGCUUUAACAAAAAGGUCACAAAAAAGUAGUUGGCCGAAUCCGUGAUCGUCUUGAAAUCCGAUCACGAUAAGCUUUGAAGAAGGAAGAUAUUUCCUACAUUAUGGUUUUUUUUACUCUGUAGGCCCCUAGAUAGUCAUUUGAUUCUCAUUUUGUUACCCCGCACCUUUUAACUGGUCAAAUUGCUAUUGCACCUGAAUUUGUUUGCCACAUUUCUGGGGUGGGAAACACCAAUUGAAUUAAAUAGGAGGGCUCAAAGGAUGAAUAUCGAACACAAUUCAGGGGCCAAUUUAGUUAAAUACCUUUUUCCGAAAUGACCUUUUUAAUUUGGCUGGCCAAUAACGAACGAAGAAAGGAAUCUAUAUCAAGAAUAGGUAGAUACUAACAAAGUUGAUGGCGAAAUUGGACUGUGAGGAUUGAAUCUUAGCGGUCCCGAUCGAAUCAAUGACGAAUUCUUAUUUAUAGGGAAAAAAGUUUUAAUAAAAAUACGCGUUUUGCUGACUUCAAAGCGCGUUUGAUAAUGCGCCAUUGUACUUGGAAAUGUACACAAGGAAUUGUAUGUAUCCAUGGAUGCAUUUUCUGGGAAUAUGCUUUAAUCAUUGAAGUUUCAAUCUUUUAAAGGACCAUGAUAUUGUUUAUUGUUGUUUUUUUUUUUUUUUUUUGAAACAGUUUAUUGUUGUUCAGAUCUUGAAUUCUGCCGAUCUUUCGCCCUUCUUUCUAAAAUGGGAAUAAAAAACCAAGUUGACUUUUUUCCUCCUUUACUGUACAACAUGCAUGGACUGAGGAAAAUUUGUCUGAAAAAGAAAAUACUCUAGUAUUUCAAUGAAUUAAAUAAAAGAAAAGAAAUUCUAAAUUACUGUGGUUGAAGAUGGAGACAAUUUAUAGUUGGGAGAAGCUGGGCCAAAGGGGUUGCCAUGCUUCACAUGUUCUUCAUCUUUCUUGUCAUUUACACACAAAAACAAAAUGGUCUUGCUUUGUCUUCUUUGAGGGUAUAUUAUAAAUUAAACAGAUGUGCUGGUUUUAUUGAGUUUUAGCGGAUUCAUGGGAUAUGGUAUCAUACAUGUGUGAUGGAAACAGAGGAUAUAUCUCUGUAACUGUUAAGGAUAACAGGAAAGGAUAAGAAUUGGUUUUGUGGCUUAUAUGGCAGCACUCAAGUUCAUUGAUGCUGGUGAACAUGCCAAGGCAAAACUGCCGAAGGAAGAUGUGCAAGAGCCUAAAGUAGAGGAUAUCUCGGCAGAUUUAGAAGCAGACCUCCAAAAGGAUCUCUCAGAGGAGGCUACUCUUGCAGGAUUUAAGAUUCACCCUGACAAACUUGCAUCUGUUGUUGGUUCAUUUGAGAUCAAGACAUUAAGGAAAAUGGGAGUUGAAGGACUUGCAAAAAGGUUAAAUGUCUCAUUGGAUGAAGGAGUCAAAUCGAACGAUGUUCCUAUCAGGCAGAGAAUAUAUGGCCCUAAUACAUACACUGAGAAGCCUUCUAAAAGUUUUCUAAUGUUUGUAUGGGAGGCAUUACAAGACUUAACACUCAUCAUACUUAUUAUCUGUGCUGUAGUUUCCAUAGGUGUUGGACUUGCAACUGAAGGAUGGCCGAAAGGCAUGUAUGACGGUUUGGGGAUUAUACUUAGUAUUUUUUUGGUAGUUUUUGUGACAGCCAUCAGUGAUUACAAGCAAUCAUUGCAAUUCAAAGCUUUGGAUAAAGAGAAGAAAAAGAUCUUUAUUCAGGUUACUAGAGAUGGUUGUAGGCAGAAGGUUUCCAUAUAUGACUUAGUUGUUGGGGACGUUGUUCAUCUGUCCAUUGGAGACCAAGUACCUGCUGAUGGAAUUUUUGUAUCAGGAUACAGCUUGUUGAUUGAUCAGUCAAGCCUGUCUGGUGAGAGUGUACCUGUAAGUAUUGAUGGAAAAAAACCUUUCCUUCUAGCUGGAACCAAAGUGCAGGAUGGGUCUGGUAAGAUGCUUGUAACAACUGUUGGCAUGAGAACUGAAUGGGGAAAGUUGAUGGAAACUCUUAGUGAAGGCGGAGAAGAUGAGACCCCACUGCAGGUGAAAUUGAAUGGUGUGGCUACAAUAAUUGGUAAAAUAGGUCUCGGGUUUUCUGUGUUGACCUUUGUGGUAUUACUAAGCAGAUUUCUGGUGACCAAGGCAAUUAAUCAUGAAUUCAAUAAAUGGUCAUCUGAUGAUGCAAUGACACUUCUAAAUUACUUUGCAACAGCAGUAACUAUCAUCGUUGUUGCAGUUCCUGAAGGAUUACCCCUGGCCGUGACACUGAGUCUGGCAUUUGCAAUGAGGAAACUAAUGGACGACAAGGCACUGGUGAGGCAUCUUUCUGCAUGUGAGACCAUGGGUUCUGCAACUGGCAUUUGUACGGAUAAAACUGGAACUUUGACUACCAACCAUAUGGUAGUCAAUAAAAUCUGGACCCUGGAUAAUGCCAAAGAGGUAGAAUCUGAUGGGCACAAAGAUGUUAUGAAGUCAGAAUUAUCUGAGAGUGCAUUCAGUAUUCUCCUGCAGGGAAUUUUUCUUAACACAGGUUCAGAUGUAGUUAAAGACAAAAAUGGAAAGACUUCUAUCUUGGGGACACCGACAGAAUCAGCAUUGUUAGAAUAUGGAUUGCUAUUGGGUGGUGAUUUCGAUGAUCAACGCCAAGGUCCCAAAAUUGAGAAAGUUGAACCUUUUAACUCUGAAAAGAAGAAGAUGUCAGUACUUGUGGCUCUUCCAGAUGGUCAAAAACGAGCUUUUGUCAAAGGUGCAUCUGAAAUAAUACUAAAAAUGUGCAACAGAGUUCUGGAUGGUACUGGUGAAUCAGUUAAUUUGUCUAAAGAACAUGAAACAGCUGCCAUGAAUGUCAUAGAUACGUUUGCCAAUGAAGCUUUGCGGACUCUCUGCUUGGCCUACAAGGACACUAGCGAUGGCUCCACUGGCGGUAGCAUCCCUGAGACUGGCUAUACAUUAAUUGCAAUUGUAGGAAUUAAGGAUCCAGUCCGCCCAGGGGUCAAGGAGGCAGUGAAAACAUGUUUGAGAGCAGGAAUCAUAGUGCGAAUGGUGACUGGUGAUAAUAUUAACACGGCUAAGGCAAUUGCUAGAGAAUGUGGCAUACUUACCGAUGAUGGUAUUGCCAUUGAAGGUCCAGAUUUCCGCCGCAAAACUCCUGAUGAAAUGCGGCAGAUAAUUCCAAGAAUUCAGGUUAUGGCCCGGUCUUCUCCGACAGACAAACACGUGCUUGUUAAGAACUUAAGAGGCAUGUUCAAAGAUGUUAUUGCAGUUACUGGUGAUGGGACUAAUGAUGCCCCAGCUUUGCAUGAGGCUGAUAUUGGUCUUGCUAUGGGUAUAGCAGGAACUGAGGUUGCAAAAGAAAGUGCCGAUGUGAUUGUGAUGGAUGACAAUUUUGCAACAAUCGUAAAUGUAGCUAAAUGGGGACGUUCUGUCUAUAUCAAUAUUCAGAAGUUUGUUCAGUUCCAGUUAACAGUCAACAUCGUUGCUCUCAUUAUUAAUUUCGUAUCUGCUUGUGUCUCAGGUUCUGCUCCUCUUACAGCCGUUCAACUGCUCUGGGUCAAUCUGAUCAUGGAUACGUUAGGUGCAUUAGCACUAGCUACAGAACCACCCCAUGAAGGACUAAUGGAGAGGCCUCCAAUUGGGAGGAAUGUAGGUUUCAUUACUAAAACCAUGUGGAGAAAUGUCAUUGGUCAGAGCAUUUAUCAGCUUGCAGUCCUACUUGUGUUCAACUUUGCUGGAAAACAACUCUUGGAACUUGAGGGUUCAGAUGCUACCGUAACACUCAAUACUUUUAUCUUCAAUACCUUUGUGUUUUGCCAGGUCUUUAACGAAAUAAACAGCCGGGAUAUGGAGAAGAUUAAUGUUUUCCGAGGCAUGUUUAGUAACUGGAUUUUCCUUGGCAUAAUUGUUGCAACGGUGGGGUUCCAAGUUAUUAUAGUUGAAUUCCUAGGCACUUUUGCCAGCACUGUUCCAUUAAGUUGGGAGCUAUGGCUACUAAGCAUCGGUAUUGCCGUGGUAAGUUUGCCCAUUGCAGUAGUUCUUAAAUGCAUCCCUGUUGGAGGGGAAAUGAAGCAACAUGAUGGUUAUGACCUUCUCCCAAGCGGUCCUGACCAAGUAUGAACAGAAAGAAGGCCAUGCCAUGUUUGCGCGUUACGAAGAGGUGAACACCAUAUGCUCCGCAAGUACAUGAUGAGUUCCUUGAUAAAUAGCAUAAAACAUUUACCAGUUGCUGCAACACUUCUUUUUUGAAUCCCUUUUUCUUUCAGGAUACGUAGGUUAAAUGUGCAUAGUACAGAACAGGUGGAUUUAACAUCCUAACUUCUUUCUUUAGCUAUGGCAAGUUCUUAAAAACCCUAUUAUGCUCAAGCACCUCCCUGCCAAAAAUUGGAAAUAUUACACUUUUUCCCCGUUUGCUAAUUCAACCAAUAAGGAGAGAUCACCAGUUAUUGGCAGAUUUUUGUGGAUGCACUUUUCAAUGUAGUCAUGUCUGCCUCUGUUGGAGCCUAAGCACUAAAUGCAGUUGUGGAAAAUCAAAAUAACAGAAAAAUGUGGUGAACGGGACGCAGAGCUAGAUGCUUGUAUGCUUUUCAUGAAAAUAUUGGGAUGAAGAUGAAGCUUUGGGUGCCAAGUAGUUGGUGGUACAGUCCAUACUGGAGCAAGGUUCAAAUCCAAACCGAAUAUUAUGAAAGUAUGAUUGGAAUGUUGGUUAUUAGCUACAUUACAUACCGACUUUGAUUUUUCCUUCUGCUUUGGUCAUUUUGCAGUCUAUGAAAUUUCCUAGUGUUUGAUACAUUAUUAUUGAUAAAUUCUAAAUGUUGCAAAGUUUACUUCUUGAUAUUGAUUUCAUAAGGUAAAUUGCUUUGAUUUUGACUCAACAAUGUAUUUACACUUAAAGAGUAUGAAAAAUCACAAUGAAUGUAGUGAGAAUGGCGUGUUUUCAUGUUGAUUAUCUAUCAAUGACUAACU